GAGGCGCGCUUGGGCGUGUCCUCGGUCUGUGAGCCGUGUCCUCCUGGUCGUGCAGCGUGGAGCUAACCGGCGGCUAACAGCGACUCAUCCUGCGAGAAAAAGCGACUUCUAAAGCUGAUUCAGAAUGGACUCCUCUUUGAGUGCAGCUGAGAUCCGUGAGAAGUUCAUUGACUUCUUCCGUGGCUAUGAGCACCAGUACGUCCACUCGUCAUCCUGCAUCCCACUGGACGACCCCACGCUGCUGUUCGCCAACGCUGGCAUGAACCAGUUCAAGCCCAUCUUCCUCAACACCAUCGAUCCCUCCCACCCUAUGGCCAGGCUGCGUCGUGCCGCCAACACCCAAAAGUGUAUCCGUGCAGGAGGCAAACACAACGACCUGGAGGACGUGGGCCGGGACGUGUAUCACCACACCUUCUUCGAGAUGCUGGGGUCCUGGUCCUUUGGGGACUACUUCAAGCACCUCGCCUGUAAAAUGGCCUUGGAGCUGCUGACGGAGACGUUUGGUAUUUCCAUAGACCGCCUCUACGUCACCUACUUUGGUGGCGACGACGGAGCCGGCCUGGAGCCCGACCUGGAGUGCAAACAGAUCUGGAUCGAUUUGGGGGUGGACGAGGCUCGCAUCCUGCCCGGCAAUAUGAAGGAUAACUUCUGGGAGAUGGGAGACACUGGUCCCUGCGGUCCCUGCAGCGAGAUGCACUAUGACCGCAUCGGAGGCAGAGACGCCUCCCACCUGGUGAACAUGGAUGAUCCCAACGUUCUGGAGAUCUGGAACCUGGUGUUCAUCCAGUUCAACAGAGAGUCAGAGACGGAGCUGAAGCCGCUGCCUAAGAAGAGCAUCGACACGGGGAUGGGUCUGGAGCGUCUGGUGUCUGUCCUGCAGAACAAAAUGUCCAACUACGACACCGACCUCUUCGUCCCGUACUUUGAAGCCAUUCAGAAGGGUACUGGUGCUCGACCUUACACUGGUAAAGUAGGAGCUGAGGAUGCUGACGGCAUCGACAUGGCCUACCGUGUGCUGGCUGACCACGCCCGCACCAUCACCAUCGCCUUGUCUGACGGUGGUCGUCCUGACAACACAGGAAGAGGGUGA